GUAGUCAAUCCGGUCGAGCUUUUAGCGUCGCACGCGCCCAACACGCCUUUGUCCGUCUGCGUUUCGAACUUAUCCGAGUGCGCGCCACAAUUGCGGUUGUUUUUUUCUUGAACCGCUCGCUGACAUUUCAAUAUUGUGUUUCUCUAAUCAAACCUCAACCGCAGCACAGUGUUCAGGACUUACCCGUUCACGGGCCCGGAAAAUUUCAGGUACCUAUGGUUGUUUUAUUUGAUUAAAUAAUACUAUUGGUAUUUCCAUUUUUGCAGAAUUCAAUAUCUCAGUGAGUUUCAAGGAAAUUAUUUGGAAAACUCGAAGGACGUCUGGCUGAUAUUUUCAAGGACAUGACACUAGUUGAGUGGACAAUUGUUGUGGGCCGAGCGACGUAAACACGAUUAUGGCGACUACAGUAGUUGUAGUCAUGUUUGUUUUGGUGCUCAUGCUAACGGUUUGGCCGGCUUUAGUAUUAUCAGAUGGUUGCCAAUUUCCAACACGGUGGGAAGGUGUUUGGUUCCAGUCUGGUAUAAGGCAGCCCAUCAUUGUACAGGCUAAUAGAUUUAGCAUUAAAGGGAAAUGUGUUGAAUCUGAUGGUGACAAGUUUUUACUAUCUGACGAGAAAAAAAUUUGCUACCGUUGCGUAGUCAUCCACGAAAAGCAUAACAACGUGCUGCAAUACAAAGAAACGUUUUGCAACGAAAAAGGUAACCUUAAAACCAUCUGUUCAUUGAUCACUGGAGACGCAUUACUUUACUCGAUGUUUAGAGAAUCUGGCAACCCUAUGCCUUGUCCAUUCAAGCCUCCAUAUACUUUUACUUACAAUCGUGGUCAUGGAGAUUGUAAAAAUCCAGUGUCAACCGUAGAUGCAUGCACACAAGAUUCUAGAUUACUCAUCAGAUACCAGGCAUGUCCAGACAUCGAGGGGUCGGAGAGCACUUUGGAAGAAGUCGAAUGCAUUGCCGGUUGGAAAGAGGGUUCCUACAGAUUUUUAGUGGGAAGAGUUCAUCACAGCAAUGGCAUUCCUAUGUCAACCGAAGAUCGUUUCAGGUGUUUUAUUUACGAACGAACGACUACUCAAAGGCAAGUGAAAGGUGGUAGUGAUAUCGAGUACAGAGUAGCCCAGUCUGGAGACGCAACAUGUAGCGGUCUAUUUAGCCCAUUAGAAGGAUCCAGAACAAUGAUACUGAAAAAAGAAACAAUGGAGACAAAGUGUAGUUUUCCAUUGUGGUUAACGGGAAAUCAAAGAUGGAGGACGUUGGAUCAUGGUAAGAUAUUCACGUUUCCACAUCAUCAUAAUAAUAGUACACUGAAGUUGGUGACGAAUUCGCUGGAUCACUCAUCUACAACACAAUUGGUGCAGACUGUAAAUCAAUUCAUCUACAAUCAACCAUUGGUGGCGCCAUUACCGGGCCAUGAAAUGAAAUUAUCGUGCCAACAAGAAAUCCAAGUGGCGUCGAAUCAAUUCAGAGUAAUGGCUCACUAUGUCACUGGAUGUCAAAGUGGAUACAUUUGUUUGAACUUCCGUGGGAGGUCCAACGACUUGGCAGAACUUCAAAUGGGCCAACCGAGUAGAAGAUCAGAAGAUGCGUGCAAUUUGCCUACUUUCGAUCCACAUAGUACAGAUUCAAUUACUUUAGUUGCUUCCAAAUCGGAUUACCGAAAUUGUCCUUUUAAAGGAAUUUAUGGCAUCUCUAAGAUCAACACAAAUCUCGUCUGGAAUGAUCACGUGUCAGCGUUAUCGCUGAGUAAAAGAAAUCUCAAUAUGCCCGUUGACUUGUUAACCUCUGACAAUCAUCCAUUUCCAAUUGUGCUGACAACCACUACCCAGCCAUCUCCCAAACGUCAUUCUUCCGAAUACUAUGAAAAAUCGGCAGAUGACUGGAGUGUAACAUACAAAAAGUUACAGCCAGACUUGCCUAGUUUCGUUAGGUCCAGGAAAAACUCGACCAAAGAAGAAAUGGAGCGUCAAGCCGAAUUUGAAGACGACGAUGUCAUCUUACGCAGGGUAAAGAGAAAAAGUCGGAGAACGCUAAGUAACAAUAAAAUAAACGAUGACAAGUGCUCACUGAACUUAACAUCAGUGGUCUUUUCAUGCGGAGCCGUGGAUGCAUUAGAGUUGAAUGCUGAAUGUCAUCGGACAUCUCUGGUGAAAUCAACAUACAAAUGCCACGGCAGUUGGAAGGACAACAAUACUGUGUAUCAAAUCAUCAGCAGCGACUUCCCGACAGCAGCCGGUUGGAGAAAGUUUUACUGCGUGUCGUACGUCAAGCAGCCUCCGGACAAGGUACAAGUGAACAUAUACUCUGAUAAUUGCAAAUCGACCGGCAAUGAUAAUCUGACAGAAAAACCAGGACUGGUGUUGUCUUUUAACAUCUCGUUGUCUGCUACCGGAGAAACACCGUGCAGCGAGGUCAACCAAUCCGAAGGUAUGCGAAGUACUGCCUUGACAGUGAUAACAGUGACAGCGGUCGGUUUGCUGAUCGGCUUGCAGCUAUUGGUCAUCAGAUGAUUUAGAAACACCGGAGAACGCCACUACUACUUAUAGUUAAUUCGACGAUACUUCAACAACUAGCGUGUACAUGUUUUUUAUUAGCCCUUAACACUCUGAAUUAGGGAAACCUAAUUCAGCAUUUUAAGUUGAUAAAUGAUCGACAAAAAAAGUAUUAUAAUUGAUUGUAAGGAUUUGGCGUUAUCCGUGUGUACAUUGUUCUGUACACGUCGGUGUUUUCCAUAAGACUGAUUGCCUUAUUAUUUAUUAUUAUUAUUAUUAUUUUUUGUACAUUAUUUGCUCGUUGCGUCCAAUAUGUUUUACAACAUAAUAACACGUCGAUUUUUGUUCCGCUAAAAUCAUGAUAAAUUGUUAAAAGGAACCCGGUAAACAUUUGACAAAAAAACACAUUUUAAAAAGGAAAACGACAAAUUUAAAAGGAAAUGAGCAACGAUUUUGCGGAAAACAUGUUAAAAUUUUCACACGUUAUCUCUACAAGAUUAAAAUCUUAUUUUUUAUAACGUCAAAACCAUAGAGGACGCAUACGGCAUCUAAUGUUAAAACGAUUUCAUUUUAAUGAGGAAACUGGGUUGAUUGUGGUUUACCUUAAGGAAAUGAAUUUUUAUCGAACAUUUUUUAAGCAAACGUGUAAUCGAAAUGCAGGCAAUAAAUUAUUUUUGUAGUUAAUAAAUAUAACGAAUACUUAAAAUAUUAUUGAUUACUAAAUGUUGAACUAUACAAAUAUGUUUAGUGUUGACACUGUCACAUAGCAGUAUUUUUAUCGUGCAUUCUUAAUAAUAAUAAUGAAAAAAACAACUAGCAAUACAUUUUUUAAGUUAAUCGCUGUCUCCCUUCAAUAAAAUGCAUACCGCUCUACUUGCCAAACAAUUAUCAAAAAACAGAUUAUAAACAGCAAUAAAAAUUAAUAUUCCUUAAAUUAGUUUUGACAAAAUAGCGUUGCAAUAAUUAAACCUUUUAAGAUAAAAAUAAUACUAUAAGUAUCGAACAAUUAAAAUUUAUUAUUUACUUCAUAAGGUUAUUUGUUGAAAUCGUAAAAAACAAAAGUUGAUAAUUUUAAAUGUCUUUUUUAUCAGCAUAAAAACGUGCGAGUAUGUGUUACAAAUUCUUUUCACGUGCUUUUUUUGUUACAUAGUUUUCGGUUAGAUAACCAUCGAACUGGUAAAACUAAUAACACUCAUAGUAUUGUUAUUCAAUAUCUAUCUAAAGCUUUUUAACAACUAAACAUAUUACAGUAAAAUAGUUAUGUGAUUUUAUGGGAAUGCGUAUUUUUUCGAAGGGAAAACCGAUGGAUUGUGAUAAUAGUGUUACGUAUUUAUAAAAAAUUAAAUAAUUAGUUAUUUUACAUUAUGUAUAAUUUGAGGAUAGCUGUUGACGGCUGAGAGUAAUCUAAUUGUACAAAUUUCGCAAUGAACUUGUGAUUAUUUUUCUUUAGUUUUAAAUAACUGUUCUUUACUUUUGGAAACACAAAGCAAUUUAAUUUAGGGUUUUAUUUUUACAAAGAAUGAUUUGUUAGACCGGAUUAUAAUAUUAUAUUAAUCGAUUUAAUUAAUUUUAUAGACUAUAACGUAAUUAGUGAUUAAGGAAAAUUGGCGUACAACUUAGAUUUAGUUGGCAUAAAAUUAUUGUUGACCAUUAUAUUAUUUUUUUUUUUUUUGUACAGUUUAUUUCAUCAUUUUAUAAGAAUUAAGUUGAAAAUUAGGUGCCUUGAUUAGUUUGUUGUUAGAAUUUUUUUAUCUAUUUGAAAGUACAAAAUAGUAUCAAUUUCAAUCUUAACUCAACUGCACUGUUUCUGCUCUUUAUAAUAAAAAUUUCAUAAUUAUUAUAACGCUAUUCUAAAAAAAUCCGACUGAUAGCUAUGAUUAAACACAAAUUUAAAAGUGACGAAAACAUAUUUGCCAUGUCAUAUCGUUUGGAAUGCUAUCAGAUAAAUCACAGAUGUACUUCUGUUCCCUUCGUGUUUUAUUUUAUUUUAUUUUUUUCUUCACGUUGUCCCCUAUCCGUUUUCAGUAUAUUUGUUUUAAUUUUUCUAUACUUUUAAUAUUCGUUAAAACAAUAAUAUUAUUUGAAAUAUCACAGCGCUUUUAAGAGGUAUAAUAAUUGUAUUUUUAAAAGCCAAACAAUAUUAUUUAUAAAUGUUUUACCUUCUGCAUACGUUUAAAUUUUACGAUACUGUAUUUUAAUAUAAAAGAAAAUUUUAAUUAUAAUUUGAAAUCAUGCAUGAAACUAAUACAAAAAACACAAAUGAAAAAAUGAAGAUGUAUAAAUAAGAAAUGCAAUAUAUAGUUACAGAUAUUAACAGUUGGUUACAUGUGUAAUUUUUUUUUUUUUUUUUGUACUUUGUUGAUCGUUAUAUUGUAUUCUAAUUUUUUUUAUGAACAAACCCAUCUGCCAAAAAUAACUAUUGGAAAGUAGAUUAUUAUGAAUAAUUAUUAUUAUCAUCAUCAUUGUAUUUGUAAAUCGUUUUCAUAUUUCUUGUAGCUAAAUUAAUAAAAAGUAUAAUAUUUUAGUUGUAUA